GGGCAUCAGCUGAGCACCAGGUGGACAACCCAGGCAGCAGGAUAUGUGGCUGCUCUUGGUUCUCUUCCUUCCUGUCGUCCAAGGCUCAUCUGCUCUCAGAGCAGUGUCCAGUGCAGUGAGUGGCCCACUGCGGGGCUCACUGACCGUACAGUGUCGCUAUGAACCCGGGUGGGAGACCUACCAUAAGUGGUGGUGUCAAGGAGCCAAGUGGAGUGACUGCCAUAUCCUCGUUCAAACCGAUGGAUCAGAGCGGGAAGCGAAGGGUGACCGAGUGUCCAUCAAGGACAACUGGAAAUCGCGCACAUUCACCGUGACCAUGGAGGACCUCAGGUGGAACAGUGCAGACACUUACUGGUGUGGGAUCGAGAAGUCUGGAACGGACCUUGGGGUUGAUGUUACAGUGACCAUUGACCCAGUGACCGUGCAGUGUCACUACGGCCCGGGUUGGGAGACCUUCGUGAACUCAUGGUGUCCGGACACUGAUUUGAACAGCUGCCGCAUCCUUGUUCAAACCACCGGACCUGAGCUGAGGAAGAACCAGCUGUCCAUCAAUCAGAAGAAGCGCACGUUCUCCAUGGCCAUUUGGGGCGAGUGAAACAAAUUUUGCGAACAAUCAGCUGUUGUUCUGACGAGCUGCUGCCCAGAAAUUUUAUAGUAAGGCAACCCUGCUCACCCCCGAAAUAUAGAGUUUAGAAAAGGCUCUAAUCUUAGAACUCCUCCUUUGGUUUUCUUGAUGCACAUUUCGAAAUAACCACUUGGAGUUGAGCCCAUGAAAAAUCAGUGACCUCUGUCCCGACCACGGUGUAAGUAAGAGGACCUGCCACCCUGCUCUGGGGCUCCUGCUCCUCCGUGGUCUGGGAUGGAGGACCGCCCUUCCCAGUCUCACUGGGCACCUCUCCCCUACAGUUGUAAGCAAUAAACUUAGUGAUUCUCUUUCCUUUGUGUGGUUGUAUUGAAACUGUGCCUUCUAUUAAAAUGACCUUGGGUGCUUCAUGUCCCCAAAAUGGGAGGCUGCCUGUGGAGGGAGCUCCCUGCACACCCAUGUGGGUGGCAUUUGCCUCCUCAUUCAGCAGGUUGUUCAGCUUAUUCUUAAUUCAGUACACCAGCACCAUCUUCUACACACACCGUGGAGGAACUCAGGCGUUGGAUGCAGACAUGUCCCAGUGUGGGAUUAGGAGACCAGAGCUGACUGUGUGUCCAAGUGAACCUGCCCGUUGACCCAGGGAAACAUUCUUCUUUCGUGCACCACUUGCCGUCUCCUUGGCAAGAGGGAGCUAGUGAAAUACUGAGCAGGUUUGCAAACUUUUAUAUUUAUUUGUGGAUUUUUAGAAAAGGGAAUUUAAAAAGUACGCAGAAUGUAAAAUAAA